AUGGCGACCGCUGAUCACCAGACAGAGAGAGCUUUCCAGAAGCAGCCAACUGUGUUUCUGAACAAAAAGUCAAUUCUGCAGGGAAAGUCCAAGAAAAACCUUCGUUAUGUCAGAAAUGUUGGUCUGGGAUUCAAAACUCCCAGAGAGGCUAUUGAUGGCACCUAUAUUGACAAGAAAUGUCCUUUUACAGGAAAUGUUAGCAUUCGAGGGCGUAUCCUGACUGGACGAGUGCUAAAGACGAAGAUGAUGAGAACAAUUGUUAUCCGCCGGGAGUACCUUCACUACGUAAGGAAGUACUGUCGAUUUGAGAAGAGGCACAAAAACUUGAGCGUUCACUUGUCUCCCUGCUUUAGGGAUGUUGAAAUUGGUGACAUUGUUACAGUUGGAGAAUGCAGACCACUUUCUAAGACAGUAAAAUACAACGUACUCAAGGUCACCAAAACUUCAGGCUCCAAGAAAGGAUUUGCCAAGGUCUAA